AUGUUUAUCCUGUUUGUCGACAAACUCAGAUUCAGAUACCCUUUAAAAAUCCCACUUUUAGGCUUCUUUUGUUGUUUGCACACUCGUUCCUUAUCUCCUUGUGUGAAACCCAUCAAUUGGAACACCUCCCACAGCUUCGUUCGAAACAACCCUCUCCUCUCUCUCUUGGAAAGGUGCCAGUCCUUGCUCCAGUUGAAACAAAUCCAGGCGCAGAUGAUCUUGACUGGCUUGAUUGAUGACAGCUUUGCCGCAAGUCGACUUGUUACGUUCUGUGCGUUAUCUGAAUCGCAGGCCCUUGAGUAUUGUACCAAGAUCUUGUAUUGGAUCCGAGAACCGAAUGUAUUUUCUUGGAAUGUAACAAUUAGGGGAUUUGUGGAAAGCGGGGACUUAGAAGGAGUUAUUUUGUUGUACAAGAGAAUGUUGCAAGGUGGUGUUAUGAAACCGGAUAAUCAUACUUAUCCUUUGUUGCUUAAGGCUUGUUCUUUCCCAUCUAUGAAUUGUGUUGGUUAUACUGUACUUGGGCAUGUGUUGAAGUUUGGUUUUGAAGUUGAUAUAUUUGUGCACAAUGCAUCAAUAACUAUGCUACUCUCAUGUGGAGAGUUGGAGGCAGCGUAUAAUGUGUUCAAUAAUGGUUGUGUUAGAGACUUGGUAACAUGGAAUGCCAUGAUUACGGGGUGCGUAAGAAGAGGACUAGCUAAUGAGGCCAAAAAACUCUAUUGGGAAAUGGUGGCAGAGAAAGUAAAACCAAAUGAGAUUACGAUGAUUGGGAUCAUUUCUUCUUGUUCUCAACUGCAGGAUUUGAAUCUCGGCAGAGAAUUUCAUUGUUAUGUCAAAGAACAUGGCCUUGAGUUGACAAUCCCACUCAAUAAUGCACUUAUGGACAUGUAUGUCAAGUGUGGAGACUUGUUGGCUGCACGAAUUCUAUUUGAUAACAUGGCACAUAAGACCCUUGUCUCAUGGACUACAAUGGUUAUGGGAUAUGCCAGGUUUGGUUUUCUGGAUGUUGCACGGGAGCUUUUACAUAAAAUUCCAGAAAAGAGUGUUAUGCCUUGGAAUGCAAUCAUUAGUGGCUGUGUCCAAGCGAAGAAUAGUAAAGAGGCAUUGGCUCUGUUCCAUGAAAUGCAAAUUAGGAAAAUCAAACCUGAUAAAGUGACCAUGGUUAGCUGCUUGUCUGCAUGCUCACAACUUGGAGCACUUGAUGUAGGAAUAUGGAUUCACCAUUAUAUUGAAAGGUAUAGUAUUUCUCUGGAUGUUGCCUUGGGGACUGCACUAGUGGACAUGUAUGCCAAGUGCGGAAAUAUUGUGAAGGCUCUGCAGGUUUUCCAAGAGAUUCCUCAAAGGAAUUGUUUGACCUGGACAGCCAUUAUUUGUGGUUUAGCACUUAAUGGGAAUGCUCUGGAUGCUAUAUCCUAUUUCUCAAAAAUGAUCUCUUGUGGCUUAAGACCUGAUGAGAUCACUUUUCUUGGUAUCUUAUCAGCUUGUUGUCAUGGAGGUUUAGUUGAAGAAGGCCGAAAGUAUUUUUCCCAGAUGCGCUUCAAUUUUAAUAUAACCCCUCAGCUUAAACACUACUCAUGCAUGGUUGAUCUUUUAGGAAGGGCUGGUCAUUUGGAGGAAGCAGAAGAGGUUAUUAGAAAUAUGCCAAUAGCAGCAGAUGCUGCUGUGUGGGGUGCUUUGUUCUUUGCAUGUCGUGUUCAUGGUAAUGUUCUAAUAGGAGAGAGGGCAGCUUUGAAACUUCUUGAGAUGGAUCCUCAAGAUAGUGGCAUUUAUGUUUUGCUUGCUAGCAUGUAUAGUGAGGCAAAAAUGUGGAAGGAGGCAAGGAAUGCAAGGAAAAUAAUGAAGGAGAGAGGAGUAGAGAAGACUCCUGGUUGCAGCUCAAUUGAAAUCAAUGGCAUUGUGAAUGAGUUUGUGGCGAAGGAUGUGUUACAUCUACAGUCUGAACAAAUUUAUGAAUGCCUGACUUCGUUGACAAAACAACUGGAGUUUCUUGUAUUUACAUGUGACAAUUCUGCUUAUGAAGACAAUCUUUUUUCCUAA